AUGCGGUGGUUGCUGCGAGGAAGGGUUAGUUUCUCUACCACUUUGUGUGAAUGCAGCAAAGGGUUUGAUUUUCAGCAGAAAUGUGGUUUAGUUAACGUGAAGUUGAAAUGGGUAAAAGAUAGAGAACUCGAUGCUGUUGUGGCUCGUGAAAAGCAUCUCAAAGCAGUUUGCAAUCUUGUUUCUGUCAUCUCGUCUUCUCCUGAUUCGAAAUCACCAAUCUACCACCUAAAUCCUCACCGCCGUCAGCUCGGUCUGCCUCAAGAUCUAAAGCUUCCUGCUUUUAUCAGGAGAUACCCAAACAUCUUUGUGGAGCAUCUUUAUCGUGAUAGCGCAGGUACUCGUGUUCCUUGUUUCGGUUUAACACCUGAGGCUUUAGAUCUUCACCGUGAAGAAGCUAAUGUUCUAGUGGUGAACAAAGAGGACGUUCUUGUGAGGUUAUGUAAACUUCUUAUGCUUACUGUUGAAAGAACACUUCCUUUACAUUCCAUUGAUCAUCUCAGAUGGGAUUUAGGUCUGCCAUAUGAUUAUCAACGUUCGUUGAUUCCUGAUCAUCCGGAUUUGUUCUGUUUGGUGAAGUUACCAAGCGAUCUUGUUGGUUUGAAGUUGAUACAUUGGGAUGAAAGACUCGCUGUUUCCCAAAUGCAACUUAAAGAAGACUCGAGAAGUGAUGAUCAUAUGGCGUUUCCGGUUAAGUUUACGAGAGGGUUUGGGCUGAAGAGGAAGAGCAUGGAGUGGCUUCAAGAAUGGCAGAGACUUCCUUACACGUCGCCUUAUGUCGAUGCGUCUCAUUUGGAUCCAAGAACAGAUUUGUCAGAGAAGAGAAAUGUUGGAGUGUUUCAUGAGCUUCUUCAUCUAACAGUUGGGAAAAAGAUGGAGAGGAAGAACGUGAGCAAUCUUCGUAAACCGUUUGCGCUUCCUCAGAAGUUCACCAAAGUGUUUGAGAGACAUCCGGGGAUUUUCUACAUUUCUAUGAAGUGUGAUACACAGACGGUGAUCCUUAGAGAAGCAUAUGAUAGGAGGCAUCUCGUUGAGAAGCACCCUCUCGUUGAAAUCAGGGAGAAAUUUGCAGGCAUGAUGAAUGAAGGGUUUCUUGAUAGAAGUAGGGGACUGUAUCAGAAAACUAUUGACGACGCUGAUUUGGGGAAGAAGAGUAGCAAGAUUGUUUAUCCGGAUUGGUCAGAAGAAGAUGAAGAAGAGUCAAACAAUUAUCUGAUAUCCGAUUACGACUCUGAUUGUCCUGUAGUUGGAUAG